GAAAAAUUGGUUUAGUCGAAUAAAUUUUGUUUUACUUCGUGUUUGGAUUUAAAAAUAUUCAAAUUACACUGGUUUGAACUUUGUAAGUAAGAUUAAGUCUGACUGAUGUCAUCCCUUAGAUUCUGCUUCACUUCUCUUACAAUAUGCUCUCCCCGCACUCUCUUGGCCAUUCCCCCUCAAAGGAUCAACACCUUUUGUUGCUGCGCGAAACCCUCUAGGCAAAAUGACUUCAUUUCUGAGGCCAAUACCCUUCAAUCUUCUCCUCCUUCUGCUUCGCCAAAACAUUCUCCUUUUUUUGGAAUGGAUGAUACUUUGGUGAGCUAUCUGUGUGGCAAGAAGAAGGCAACAGACCUUGCUCACAUGGUAUGGAAACAUGUUGUCCAGAAGGGAGACACAGUCCUAGAUGCCACUUGCGGCAACGGCUUUGACACCUUGGCAAUGCUCAACUUGGUUGCUGAUGAUUCUCGAAAAGGUUAUGUAUAUGCAUUGGAUAUUCAGAAAGACGCUUUAGAUAGUACUUCUAUCUUGCUUGAAGAAUCACUAAAUCUGGAUGAGAGACAACUUGUCAAGCUAGUCAACAUCUGUCAUAGUAAAAUGGAAGAAGUGGUUCCAAGGAAUGCCUUGGUUAGGCUUGUUGCCUUCAACUUGGGUUAUCUUCCUGGUGGCAAAAAAGAAAUAAUAACAAGGCCAGAAACAACUUUUCUGGCACUGGAAGCUGCAGAGAGAAUUCUAAUGCCAGGAGGGCUUAUCAGUAUUGUGGUUUAUGUUGGGCACCCUGGUGGACGGGAGGAAUUGGAGGCUGUUGAAACUUUUGCUGCGAGAAUGCCUGUUGAGAAUUGGAUCUGCUGCAAGCUCCGAAUGGUAAACCGACCGUGUGCUCCUGUACCAAUUUUUUUAUUCCGAAGAUAAUUUGAAUAUCUCGUGAUUUCUUGAAAGGUUCAGUCAUGGACAUUUAUUUGAGUAUUGCUGUAUAAACACUCAAGUUUGACCGUCAAAACUGUUGGAUUUUUAGUUUAGUUUUCAACUUCAAGUUUUCAAAAAAAUAAUAAAAUAAAAGAAUAAAAAAUGACAGACAAAGUAAAGAAAUACAAUUGGAUCUCGAAAAAGCCGAGGUCACACCCUCACAGGCGGUCACAGACUCGGGAUCUGCACCAUGGAAAGCACUUGGGUUCUAUGGACGCACAUGAGGGUAAUAGAUAGAAUAUCAUGUACCUAUUAUUCUUUAGGAAGUAUUUAUUAGUAGUUAACUAAGAGAAAUAGGACUUUUAUUAUUGUUGAUGUUGUUGUUUUUCUUUUCAUUAUUAUUAUUAUUAUUAUUAUUAUUAUUAUUAUGUCCCGAGAGGAAACA